CAGGCGGAGUGUGUGAGUCAGGCUCAGACUCUGGCAGCUCGUCAGGCAGUGUGAGGGCCAGCAGAGGGAGCUGGGGCAGCUGGAGCAGCGCCAGCAGCAUGGAGGGAGACAAGGACGCCAGUGCCCGAACACACGCCUGCACUACCUCAUCUAGAAAAAGGGACUCCAUGCAGGGUGCUGUCUACCCAGUAGAAAGGGACUGCUGCCAGACCAUGAAUACAAACUACAAAGCUCUAAGCAUGAACAGCUUGUACCAUAAAGAUCUGUGCCAAAGCCCAGAUCCCACAGCGUCCAGCUUUGCCCCAAGUUUUGCUGCUGUUGCUGCAGGAGUGGAGCGGAACAUGGACCUCGCAGGUCAGUAUUUGCCUGAAGAGACGUGGUCGGCUCCAUCUAUCCCCCUCACCAAUGAGUUCAGAUACAACACCACCGAAGCACUGCCGUACUUACCUCAGCCAGCAACCACGGCGUCGUACAACGGGUUUACUUGGAGUAAUGCAAACAGCCACUGCAACAGUCCGUACACCUACUGUGAGAGAGGAGUCUACAUAGGUAACGGAACAUUUCCAAGUGGUUUUUCUGGGCAGGAGGUCCAGAGUGCACACAGCACCCAGACCAGCUGGAGAGAGGAACAGCCUCAGGAGUCACCUUCAACCUGGGACACAGCAGCCUGUGUAGGCAGCAAGCCAUACUUCUCGGGUACCCGCAGCCUCUCCCCCAUGUCCAGCCUGUUUGGAUCCAUCUGGACGCCUCAGAGUGAGCCCUACCAGAGCCACUUCCAACCAGAGCGAUCAGCCCCAAUGUCCCCCGUGUCCCCCAUCACCCCUCCUCAUUCUCCCUUAAGCCGGGAACCAGAGGGGACCUGUAGACCGACCCAGUACUCCAGCUUCAACCCAUUCGGCCCGCACAUGAACCUGGACAUAUGGAACUCUUCUUCCAACCGCAGUUCCAACUCACAGCUCUCCAAUGACUCCGGCUACUGUGGAGAUGUUUAAAAUAAAAAAAUUGGUGGACCUUAAAAGUUAUUGCAAACAUAUGGCAUUGACACGUAAAAGAAAGGAAGUCAAAUGAAUGUUGUUUUAUCAUUAUUGGGGAAAAUGUGAAUAUUCCUUUUCUCUUAUGUUCCCAUUUUCAAAUGUUAAACGUUGUGAAAGGUUCAGCAUUUGUUGUAUAUUUUUCUAGAUGUUUUGCAGCUUUGAUCAUAGAGAAUAAAAAAGGUUUUCUACUUGAA